AGAUGAAUUUGCAUUGUUUAUGGUAACAUCUAAAAACCUAAUUUUUUUCUUUUUUUAAUAUGUAAUAUGUUUUUAACAGUUAGCAUGCCACAUAUGAUUUUUUGUAUUGACUGGCCUCGCACACAAAACUCUGAAGUAGCUUUUCUCUCACUAGUUAAAUGAUGGUGGCAAAAAAAACAUCUUGACAAUUAAUAUGGCUUCAAAUUUGCAUUCUACUUGAUUCAAUAUGUAAUUUUCACAACUAAACUUUAUAUUCUGAAACACUUGAAGCAAGAAACAAAGUAUAGCUUGAGAAAUAAAGAGCCUUCUUGAGUAUUUCAAUAAUCGGGAAGUAUUGGACAACAGCUUUUAAUGCUAGCAGAAUGAAAACACAACCAGCAAACAUUCACACCUAACUCCCAUCUUAAAUUGAAGUGGACCAGUCUGCAGUGCCAAUUUGGCACUUGAAUGAUAUAAUAUACUUCUAUUUACUAUAUCUUAUUUUAUGACAGAUGAGCAUUUGUUUCAGGCUGAGAUGAAAAAAGAAGGUGCAAUAGAAAAAGCAGUGGAAGAUAAAGAAUAUCAACCAUUUGUAUAUGAGGGUGAUAUUAAGAGUAUAGAAGGAAAGAAAUGCAGAGCACCUCAUAAACAUCAGUGGGGUGAUACUGUGUAUCACAAUGCAAUGAUAUGUUCUGUCAUAUCUAAUAACAAUGAAGAUGAGAUUAAAGUCAGAGUAUUAUUUACAAACCCCACACACCAAGAAAUGCUGCCCUGUCCAUUUUAUUAUGACUCUGAUUGCAAAUUUUCAGAGGAAGAUUGUAGAUUUUCUCAUGGAGAAAUUGUACUAUUUUCUAGUCUACAAGAAUAUGUUGAUCCACAGUUUGACUUGCUUGAAAUAGGCAGUAGUGUUCUUGCAAAACAGGAAAACAAUCUAUGGCAUAGGGCUCUGAUAAAACAUUUAUUUGAUGAUAAAUGUUUGGUGAGAUUCGAGAGUAAUACUCAUGAUAUAGAGGUGAAACUAGAACAUGUAUUUCCAUUAGGCGGGUCAAGUAGUGGCAGGGAAAGCAGUGACAGUGAGUGUGAAAAUGAUAGGGAUGAAAUCACUAGGACGGACAUCAUAAACAAGAGCUUGAUGAACCAGCCUGGUGACAAACCUUUAGGAGAAUGGGAAAAGUACACUAAGGGCAUUGGGUUCAAAUUGAUGCAAAAAAUGGGAUAUGUAGUAGGCACUGGGCUAGGGAAAAAAGCAGAAGGCAUAAUUAAUCCAGUCACAGCCGUAAUACUGCCACAGGGCAAAUCACUGGACUACUGUAUGCAACUUCGCGAACGAGCUGGAGGCGACAAAGAUCUCUUUAAUGCUGAAAAAAGGCUUAAACGUUUGCAGCAAGUACAAGAAGGAAAACAAAAUAGAUUCUUGAAAAAGCAACAGAAAAAUAAAAAUGGAGAUGUAUUCAAUUUUCUCAAUGAAAAUAUUUUGAGUAAAGGGAAAGGCAAGAAAAAAGCUAACAAACGCGAACAAAUUAAAAGAGAGUCUCAGCGAGAACUCAAUGUGAAAGGUUUACAAAUUGACGAGACUAUUAAAAGAAUCCAAAUGGAUUUGAUAAAAUUAGAAGAAUCCCUUGGCAGACAGAAAGAUCCCACAUCUACAUCAUACAAGCAGCUGAAAGAAAAUAUAGCAUUGAAGAGAACAGAGAUCAAGGAGUUGGAGUCACAAGCAUGCAGGGUUGAAAGAGAAAAAGAAUUAAGAGAAAAUACGAGAAAAUUAACUACCUUCUAAUCAUUAUUAUCGAAUUUGUGUACAGUUAAAAGUGCUAUUAAAGAAUUUUGUAAAUGAGACAAAAUUGGACACACCAUUGAAAUCAUAUUUUAAAAUAAUCCUAUUCUUUUUAUAAGCAUAUACAUAUUCAAAAUAUUUUGCUGAUAGGACAUUCCAAAGAAUUAACCAUAGUAGAUUAAUUUAAUGAUUUGUUCUAUCACACCCCAUAAAAUUGUUUUAAAAUUAUUAUGCUGACUCAAACACUGAUGAUAGAUAUAUAUCAUCAGUGGACUCAAAUGUCUGAGAAAAUGAAACAAUGUAGUUCAUUCAUGGUUAUAACUGAAGCAUGCAUUUUACACCUACAAGUAUUGUGAGAGAAAUAUGUACCAUUAAAACAAAAUUCUUUAUUGUACUUACAUGAAAGCUGAUUUUCAUGAACUAAGAAUGGAAGUUUUAUUUGUAUUUUUAUACAUUAUAAAGUCUGUUUUUACAAAUCAGUUCUAAGAACAGAAUAUCUUUUUAGUUAAAUUAUUUUAAUUAUAAAAAAUAAAUAGUUGGCUUAAACUAUA